CAUAAAUACAUGUAGUAAGAAUACUGGAUGUAGCGACAAAAAAACGUUUUUAUUCCUUUUAUUUGUUUAUCCCCCGUGAACAGCCAGGGUCAUUUUGUGGCGGGGUCUCCUUGUGGUAGUUGUUGGUUACUUCAUUCACAAACAUUGGUGAUACCGAUGGAUAAUGGUAAAAUCAGGAUCUAGAGAACGACUUAUUUCCUUGAGGAAGGAGGGGGAUCUGGAGAAUUUCAGAUCUUCGACAGUCUGUGGUCGAUCCCAAGCAGAGGCUUGAUAAUAUAAUGGCUUUAAUUUCAUUGGUGGGUAGGGGCUCAUAUAUACAUGACAUUCAUAAUCAGAGAGGUACAUACAGGGAUAUGGGAACUGAAAAUCUUGUUCACUUUUAUGCACACAUAAUUAGAGGUACAUUUGGGGGUAUGGGAACUUGGAUUCUGGUUCACAGUUUAUACACACAUAAUCAGAGAGGAACAUUUGAGGGUAUGGGAACUGGGUGUCUGUUCUCUUUGAUACAGAUAUAAUCAGAGAGGUACAUGUGUAAUGCCAUACUAGUUAGACAAUGUACAUUAUCCAAAAAUCAAUACGGAUUUUCAGGUGCAGCGCACCAUUCUAUUGACCUUUGACCGCAUACCUGACAUAUAAACAUCUCCAAUGGAAUGUCAAGACUGUAAUGCAAUCAUCAAUACCAUUCGAAAAUCUCACUGUGGAAUCUUAAGCCUGUGAAUAUUUUCUUUGUUCGGGAAGGUAAAAUUCAGAAUUAGCUACGGAGGCUGACUAUUAAAAUGGCAAAAACAUCAAAUACUUGACAUGGGCUGGACAACACCGAAAAUGGACAAAAUGAAAUCCCUUGUGAUGAAGAAGGGCAAGAGGGAUGACGUUAUCAAACAGGAGAAAGGGUUCUCAUUGCCGAGGCUUAAAACCAGUGACAAGUUCCACGUAGCUUUCACGCGCUCGGACACAGAAUUCCUAACAGUAGCGGUAAAGAAAAGAACAUCACAGAACAUCGUUUCAGUUUGGCAGACUCGUGGAAACGCCAAGGAGGCAGGGAAACGGAGGAAUUAUUACGCGAAAUUAUGUCAAAAGAUCAAGGUCAUUCCCAUCCGAAAGGUUAUGGCUCAGAUAGGGGGACGGCACAUGUCUGUCCGGGACCAUUGCCUUGUAGGCAAAGAACUCAGAGCCAUCUGUAAAACACUGAGGGGGGACGACUCACUCGGCACACUUGACCUGUCCGGAAACACGUUGUCCGGUCGAGAAGGCCGCUAUGUCCAGGAGGUGCUGAUCUCUACUCCUAAACUGACCUCACUGACUUUAGAUGAGUGUGGGCUGGACAGUGAGACUCUAGAGGCCCUGUCCAGAUGUCCAGGGGUCUCCCAGCUCCAGCAACUCAGUCUGGCAGGUAAUCGUAUCCAGGACAAAGACAGUGGAUCUAUAGCCACCAUUUUACAGAGCUGUAAGACACUGAGGCACUUCAACUUGAGUCAUAAUGCAUUUGAGACAGAUGGCUGUAAAUUGCUGGGUCAGGCAAUCGAGGAAAACACCAACAUUAAAGAACUGGACCUCAGUUGGAAUCACAUCCGGGGGCGUGGCAGUAUAUACAUAUCACGUGGUAUACAGUGUAACACCUGUAUUACGGAUAUAAAUCUGGCAUGGAACGGUUUUGGUUUCGAGGGAUGUUCCGCCAUGUCCGAGGCCUUACGCCACAACACGACAUUGACCAAGUUAAAUUUGGCCUGCAGCAGAGUCCAUCCUCCCGCCAUGCUGGAACUUACCAGAGGCCUAUGUGUGAACAAGUGCCUUCUCGUACUGGACCUCAGUAACAACCCUAUCACUCCCAUAUAUACAACCAUCCUCAUCAACGCCAUCAAGAAAUCUCCGGAGAUGUCCUUACAGUUCCUACGUCUUGAGAAAAUUGUUGUUGAUAAACCAUUUGUGGACACAUUAACCGAGUUGAAAGACCAACGUGGUUUCGAGGCCGUGUACGAGUUAGCACUCCCGGUAAAGAGUAUCUCGGAGGAUAAGAUGCGGAAGGAAAUCCAAGCCCCAUCUGUGUUCAACAUGGAUCCGCUAAAAUUAUUAUACAUGCUCAAAGAAAAGAACCGCGCCCAGGAUUUCUUUAGGCGGAUCAACAAAGAUAACGAUGACUCGGUGUCCCCGGAGGAGAUCAAACAACUGUUCAAAGAAUCCGGGGUGCCUGUUUCGGAUAUGGUCAUCGACAAGAUCGUCAAUUUCCUGGAUGAAGAUGGAGACGGAAAUAUCGACAUGAGGGAAUUCCUCGCGGGAGACAAGAAGAUGAGGAAGAUGUCUAGAGAUACCAGGCGGACCGGAGAUGAGGACAUGAACAAGUAUUCACGUUCCUUUAGGAAAGGAAAUAUAGACCCGAUGACAUUCCGGCUCAAAGUGUCGAACGCGCCUAAUCUCCUGUCACCCGUUAUGUCGCGAGAGCCAUCCCCGAAUGGCGAAUCUCCAAGGAAACUGUCAAGUUGAUUAUAUUAUUAAUCAUGAAUUCAUUUAUGUAAAGACAGCAGACAGAAACAUUGCCGCUUUAAACUGUAUUUUAGAAUGAACAGUUAGCAUGGACAAUAAUACAGUGUAAAAGGGAAAUAACUCUGUUAUACUUGGUUUUUGCAUUGUCUGGUAAGUUGUGACUAUCUGUAUUUGACUGUCUGUAAGGUGGAAGCUGAUUCGUCUGUUUAUUUGUGACUGUCUGUAAGGUGGUGGCUGAUUUGUCUGUUUAUUUGUGUCUGUCUGUAAGGUUAUUGUUGAUUUGUCUGUUUAUUUGUGACUGUCUGUAAGGUUAUUGUUGAUUUGUCUGUUUAUUUGUGACUGUCUGUAAGGUGGAGGUUGAUUUGUCUGUUUAUUUGUGACUGUCUGUAAGGUGGAGGUUGAUUUAUCUGUUUAUUUGUGUCUGUCUGUAAGGUGGUGGCUGAUUUGUCUAUUUAUUUGUGUCUGUCUGUAAGGUGGUGGCUGAUUUGUCUAUUUAUUUGUGUCUGUCUGUAAGGUGGAGGUUGAUUUAUCUGUUUAUUUGUGUCUGUCUGUAAGGUGGUGGCUGAUUUGUCUAUUUAUUUGUGUCUGUCUGUAAGGUGGUGGCUGAUUUGUCUGUUUAUUUGUGACUGUCUGUAAGGUGGUGGCUGAUUUGUCUGUUUAUUUGUGUCUGUCUGUAAGGUUAUUGUUGAUUUGUCUGUUUAUUUGUGACUGUCUGUAAGGUGGAGGUUGAUUUAUCUGUUUAUUUGUGACUGUCUGUAAGGUUAUUGUUGAUUUGUCUGUUUAUUUGUGACUGUCUGUAAGGUGGUGGCUGAUUUGUCUGUUUAUUUGUGUCUGUCUGUAAGGUUAUUGUUAAUUUGUCUGUUUAUUUGUGACUGUUUGUAAGGUUAUUGUUGAUUUGUCUGUUUAUUUGUGACUGUCUGUAAGGUUAUUGUUGAUUUGUCUGUUUAUUUGUGACUGUCUGUAAGGUUAUUGUUGAUUUGUCUGUUUAUUUGUGACUGUCUGUAAGGUGGUGGCUGAUUUGUUUGUUUAUUUGUGACUGUCUGUAAGGCGGUAGUUGAUUUGUCUGUUUAUUUGUUGAUAAAAUGUUGCCAUUUUGAAAUAAAUAAGAAAAUUAAUGA